GUCUUCAUGCUGGCGCUGACUUUCCUCGUUCUCUUCCUGGGAAAUUUUCUCACCACGUUAAAAGUCGUCCACCAAAAAGUUCAAAAGCACGACGGCGUGCAAAAGAGCGACUGAACAUACCUCAGCUCGACGCCGACACUUCGGGAGGCCAGUGAUCGUAAACCAAAACACGCACAAUCGCUUGACACACUGACCACAGAAUGACGGGGCCGAGAGAGGGCGGAGCUCGAACCGCAGCUUCUCUCGGGCUUCGACGACGACCGCUGCAGCAGCAGCAGCGUCCAGCCAAAGUUUCUCUCAAGCCUGCUCUUACUUUCUGUUGACUUUGUGUUGCUUUGUGAGCUUUCACCAGAGAUGAGCAGUUUGUUGCUUUAACCCGUGUGGAGAAUGGUGUUCGUGUCAGUUUCAGAGUCUUUGUUCAAAUCAUAUGCAAUUAAAGGAGGACAGGUAGCAGAACAGAACAUUGUUUGCCUUUCAAUACCUCAUGUCUGUAGUGUGCAUACUUCUGUGAAGUAGCAACUGUCAAACUGGCUUCGGUUCAUUUCAUUAUAUUUUGUUUGUUUGAACUUCCAUAUGUUAAUUACAAGCUGGCAUUGCUGGAGAUAUGGUCUAACAAAUGACUUAAGUUUGGUCCACAGCUGUAAAAAAGCACUGAUAAUUGUCUAGUUGAAGGGAAAUAACAAAUUUAAACAAUUAUUUAUUUUCUGUCUACAGUCAAAGUUUUGUUCUUCAAAAAAAAAAAACUUGGACAAAAAGGGAAUCCAACGGCGUUUUCUCCUAUCAGGUAGAGAUUUUAAAAAGCCAUAAUUAUUUUGCACAUCUGUCAAAAAUAACAAGAUUAUGCAUAAAAGAAAUGUAGCAAGUUUUUUUCUUGUGAACUCCUGUUACUAAAGGUAGUAUCUCACAGGUGUUAUGGAAGCUGUUCACACAAAUAUAACAAAAAUGGUUUCAAUUUGGGACUGCAACUGUGUAUUUUCUUGAAAUUAUGAGUCAAACCAGUGAGAUGCUACCUUGAACUGAACUGCAUUAAACAGAUUGUCACAGUCAUGGGUUUAAUGUUUCUACUGAAGGAGAAGCUGUGAGAUGAUUUACCACUAAUUAUAAAUUUAAACAUUUCACACAGUAUUUUGUCAUUACUGUGCAGCGUUAUUGUUUGUUACAUGAUGUUGCUAAAAUGCUGCUCAUGGCAAAGUCACUGUAAGACAAGAAAAGCUUAAAGUCCUGUUAUUUUUCUAAUUCCAAUCAACACGCCAGUAUACUUUAUUAUUAAACCUUUGUAUAUUUAA